AACAUUUUCCGCGUGAAAGGUUUAUCUCUGUCGAAGAGAGAUACUACACAGUCAGAUAAUACUUUUUCAAUACGUUGCAUACUAUCGAUUUUGAAGAAAAAGUAAAUCAAUAAAAUUAUCUCUGUAUUUUCCGUUUGGAUUUAUUUAUUGACCAAGAUAAAAUUAUAUAAAAUAUAAAACAUGGGAACGAUACGAUGCUUAAGAUCUAAUUCCGCGGAUUCUGUGUAUAGUUACGUUGGAAAUCACGACCGAGAAGAUAAGCCACAAAGACAGUUUUAUAGAAGUUGGAAAAAGUGGCAGAAAGUUUUGUUUAUUAUUGGUGUAAUUUUAUUUGUGAUUCUUUUUUUAGCGUUUCUGGCAAUAUGGGUUAUAUUUCCACUAGUAUACAUGAAUUCCAUAUCCGUACAACGAUUUUUCUUAUUUUAUACCUUUCAAAUACCGAAAAAUCCAGAAUUCGACAAUCCUCAAAAGUAUGGCAUAGACGGAGUAGUAAAUUUUUACAUCACGACUAAAAACACAGAUAAUUCUUCUUUAGUUAGUAUAGGCUCUUGGUUGAUUGUCCCAGAAAGUCAAAUUAAUUCUAGCUCAAUUAAACUUCAUAACAAAGAAACUGCAGCAAACUUAAUUAGUACUACAACUUAUCCUAUUAUAAUAUAUACACACGGAGUUGGCUGUAACAGAAUUCUACCUAUGGAGACAUACAAAGUACUGCGUAAAAGUUUUAUGAUAGUUGCCCAUGAUCCCAGAGGUUAUGGAGAUUCUGGUUCAGGCCUACCUCCUUCUGAACUAGGAAUUGUAAGUGAUAUGUCUCAAAUUUUUAAAUGGAUAAGAUUUCAAACCAAGAACGAUAUUUAUAUUUGGGGUCAUUCUUUAGGUACUGCUCUAAGUACACAUACAGUGAGAACAUUAAAUGAAGAAUAUAAUAUUGUACCCUCUGGGCUAAUUUUAGAAUCCGCGUUUACUACAAUGAGAGAAGAGAUUCCGGCAACAUCAAUAGGACAACUAUUUUCGUGGAUGCCAUGGUUUGAAGCAACUGUACAAACACCUCUUGAGAAAAACGGAUUUCUCUUCAGAACCACAACCAAUAUUAUUUAUGUAGAUUGUCCAAUUAUGAUCCUACAUGCUGAAGAUGACGAAGUUAUCCCUUAUAGAUUUGGAAGAAAGGUGGCUGAAGUAGCUUCGACAAAAAGAGCGAUACCACCAAAAGGGAAUGUAACUUAUCAUGAGUUUGGACGUCUUGGGUACGGACAUAUUGGAAUAACCACUGACCCAAAUAUUCUACAAUAUAUUAAUGAGUUCGUUGGAUUUUGCAAGGAUCAAAAUAAACGACGAGGAUAAAUUUGAUGCACUAUCUAGUCGCGUUUACGAAGUCGACAAAAAACGACGAUAAAAACAAACGAUCUGUGUAUGAAAUAAAUAAAAAUUCAAAUUUUGUAAUGUAAAUAGUAUAUGAUUAUUACUGUACUUUUUAUUUUUCUAGCUAAUUGUACUUACAAAAAAGGUCAUCGUUGAGAGAAUAUCUAAUAAUUUAUUUUAAAAAAUGAUUAUUUUAUACCUUGAUCUUUUAAUUUACAAUUUUUAUUUUUUCUUCAAACGUUAAUUAGGUAGUUAUAAAAAAAUAAUUAUUAAAAAUCUCGAAUUUCUCCAUCAAAGUAACUUGGCACUUUAGCCUGUGCUCUCAUCGGAUACAAAAGUACUUUUACGCUGUAGCUAUUAGCAAUGCUUCGUUGUCAAAAAAUUAAACUUUAACCUCAUCAAAUUAAUAGUAAAAUGACAGAUUUAUAUUGACGUUUGAAGAAAAAUUAACUUAUUAAAAUAGC